UCUACCUCCCUUCCCACUGCCGCCGCUCAUCACUGUGCCCAGCGCGCAUGCGCACCCUGAGGGCGGGGCUGAAGCCGGGGGAGCCCGGUGGCGGCGGCGGCGACGACGCCUGACAGAAACGCGCGGCCUUCCCGCUCGCCCGCCGCCGCCUCGCCACCCUCGCCCGCCCGCCCGCCCGCCCGCGAUUCGCCUCAGAGCGGCCCUGCCCGGCGCGGCCCGCUCUCCGCCGUGAUGAGGCUGAGGAGCCGGGGAUGCUGCGCCGCGGGCGGAGGCGAGGCCGGCAGCAGAAGCAGCAGCAGCAGCAGCAGCAGCAGGGGGCAGGAGGCGGCCGAGGGCGGCGGCGGCGGCGAAGAUGAACCGGGACCGCCGCUGCGGAGCCCCUUCGUCCACCAGCUCCGCUUCAGCGCCCUCCAGAAAGCCAAGAUUGCCUUCAUGACUUUGACUCUGUUCCCUAUCCGGCUGUUCUUUGCUGCAUUUAUGAUGUUGUUGGCCUGGCCUUUUGCAUUCAUCGCCUCUAUGGGAUCUGCUGAGAAGGAACUGGAAGAGCCUCUUUCCUGGUGGCGAAAGGUUGUGGAUGUCUUGCUGAAAGCAAUCAUGAGAACCAUGUGGCUUGCUGGAGGAUUCCACUGGAUAAAUGUAAAGGGCAGGCAGGCAUUGCCCACGGAAGCAGCAAUACUGACUCUGGCCCCACAUUCCUCAUACUUCGAUGCAAUCCCUGUAACAAUGACCAUGGCCUCCAUUGUUAUGAAAGCAGAAAGCAAAGAUAUUCCAGUCUGGGGAAUUGUAUCUGUUGAUGAGCAGCCAUUUGGACACUGCCCGGAAAAUUCCAGCCGGUUGUUUGGGAGCAGUGCUGGAGUGGAUGAGAGAGAGUCAUUUAAAACUGAGUACCACAAAAAUGGAGGUUAUGUGGUUGAAUCGGAAGGGUUUGAUUGGGGAGUUCUGGCUGCCAACUCUGGACGGCAUGCAGCUGCCUGGUGCAUCAACUUUCAAGAGUCUGGGGGUGCUCCUGGAGGCUCAGAUCCCACUUCAGAGCACAGCAGCGAGGGUCCUUAUGGGAUUCUCAUGGGGGACACACGUAUAGAUGUCAAGCAGGUGGCACUAGAGCAGACACUAGUGCUUCCAGGAGAGGCCCAGAAGCGAGCAAUACCAGUGAUUGCCCCCUACUCCUUCACUGGGGCCUGGGAGAAUUUCACCCAUUCAGCCAUGGAGGCUACAAGGGCUAAUACAGCCAGGGCUUCCAAUCUCGCCUUAAGGGUGAUACAGGAAGAUCCGGGAGAAGGAGGGAGCAAUCGCCAGACCCGCACAGGGUCAGAGGGCACUAUUCCAAAUCAGAACAAAUUGGGGAACGCCAGCACAAAGUGCAAGAAACCUCUCCCUCCUUCUAGCAGUUCAAAAGAACCCCGCAUAACCAGCGCCGCAUUGGGAGACAUGGAGGGCACACAGCCGGCUCCUAUGGAGAUCAAGCAAGAUUCCCCAGCAACGGCAGUUUAUCAACGCAAGUCUGUGGGGGCUAAAGUCUUGCUCACCAGAAAGCUUUACAACCUGAAGCUACGUCAAGGCAAAUCUGUCUCUGAGCAUUUACAGAAGCACGGUGUUGCUAUAAAUGCGGGGCCGUUGGACAGUUGGCACGUGCUUGUGGGAAGGCUACAGAUCGCCGCAAGCCAAAGCAGGGGCAAAGGAGGACUUAAAGGAGAGACACUGACUCUACGUCAUCUGCUUUCCUGGAGAGGGCGAGGGGGCGGGAUUUUGCCCAGCUCCAUGCCAGCCGUCCUGGCCGCUUCCAGCCAAUAUCCUGGCUGCUUCCAGCCAGUUCCUCCAGGCUCCAGCUUAUUCCAGAGAUGUAAGCGAGCGAGCAAGCUGGCUACUGGGCAGCCGGGUGAGCUGGCGAGCGAGCAGGUGACUGAGCUAGCGACCAGAGCCGAACUUAAUCCCUCCUUGUCUUUUCUUAAGGGAGCACUCGCUUUAAGCGAAUUCCUUUUGUCUUACCACUGCCUUGGAAAUAAAAGGAUUGCUGUCUCUGCUUUGACUGGUUUACAGAACAUUUUAAGGUACUUUGCCGCUGAGAAUUUGUUCACCGUGGGUAAUUAUCACAUGGAUUUUGUAGGAGCAUUUAUCCCUGGAGUACCAGUCCAGCCAGUGGUUUUACGUUAUCCAAACAAACUGGAUACAAUUACAUGGACUUGGCAAGGCCCAGGAGCGUUGAAAAUCCUAUGGCUGACUUUAUGUCAGUUUCAUAAUUUUGUGGAGAUUGAGUUCCUUCCUGUGUAUGUACCUUCAGAAGAGGAAAGGAACACUCCUUCUUUGUAUGCAAAUAAUGUGAGACGGAUCAUGGCAAAGGCCUUGGGAGUUUCAGUCACAGACUACACUUUUGAAGAUUGCCAGCUAGCUUUGGCUGAAGGGCAGCUUCGUCUCCCUUCGAACACCAGUCUCUUAGAGUUUGCAAAACUUGUGCGAAGCCUUGGGUUAAGGCCAGAAAGGCUUGAAAAAGAGCUUAACAGAUACUCAGAAAACACUAGAAGAUUGAAAAAGAAAAAGGUCAGUCUCAAAGAGUUUGCUGCAUACUUGGAAGUCCCAAUUUCUGACGUUCUAGAAAGCAUGUUUGCCCUUUUUGAUGAGAAGGAGAGUGGUCUGAUUGACUUGCGAGAAUAUGUAACUGCUUUGUCAGUAGUCUGUAGACCAUCCAAAACCUUGCAAACAAUACAUUUGGCUUUUAAGAUGUAUCAAUCAGAAGCGGGAACAAUAACAGAAGAAGAUUUAACUUGUAUUGUACAGACUGCCAUGGGUGUCUCAGACCUUAAUGUGUCAAACUUUUUUAGAGCUAUAGACAAAGAAGAAAGGGGCACAAUUACAUAUGAUGAUUUUCACAAGUUUGCAGAAAUGUAUCCAAACUUUACGGAAGGAUAUUUAUAUCCUGAUCAGAUGGAAACAGAAAGUUGUUUGAAGAAUCCUUCUCUUAAUGGUUUCUGUACAGACUUCAGCCCAGACAUUACAGAAGACAGAAGAAACCUCGUACAGAAGAAACUGAAUUAAUGCUAACAAUCCCACCAUCCUCUUCUGGUGAGAGGAUAUGUCUUGUCUCGGACUUCUCAUAGUCUCACAGCUAUGUAAACUGAAGUAUGGGGGAGGGGGUGAUGCGUAAGAGAGUGUGUGUGUGAGAGGGAGACAGAGUGGAAGAUUUUGCUGCAUUAGUCUUUAUACUUCCUAUUGGGAAGAUCUUGUUUUUGCAUCAGCAUCUUGGGAAGUAAAGAAUGUAAAUGAACUUUAUUAUUUGUGUACUUUAAAAAGAUGCUCACUUAUUUAUAUUCCAUUGUUUAACUUCAUGUACAAAGUGUCCUACAAAGUGUGCAUGUAUAAAACCUAUUGUAGCUCCUAUGGUGUCAAGUGCACUUCGGUGAUUAGUGUUAUCCCUAUUUAGGGAAUUGUUUGGAGGCCAGAUUCUUUCCUUAUCACAUGAAGUUGGUAACAAAUACUUUUAGCACCAGUCUACUGAGCAAGGCAAGCUCAAUUUGCCCGUUUUGUUUUCAUUUCAAUAAAUAGUUUAAGGGGAAAAUAUGCAAAAAUAUUUUUAACUAAUGUUCUUAUUAUUUUCCUUGAAGGGUGACUUCUGUACAUGAUAAUAUUGAAAAGGCGAAGGAGAAUUUCUGUUUAAAGAGUUACGUGCAUUGUGUGUGAAAUUAUUAAAAUCUGCACGUGGGUAACCCAAAUUCUGUUCUGAAAAAACAGAAAUCCAAGAUCUGCCCGAAGCAUGCUUUUGCAUGUUUUCCAUUAUUCUACUUCAAUUCCAAGUGAAGAGGGCCUAGUAUUAACUACCGAGAAGCACUGCCCUUGACAACUAGGAAGCUUGAAUUAUUUUCCAUUUUCUGUUAAAAAAAUGAGUGAGGUUUCUUUUGCCAAGUAACUAUAUGUUAUAUUGAUCACAUCAACCCCGUGGGAAACUCGCAGCUGGUAUCCUGCCAAUCCCUGUGGUAAUCCUGUAUUUAAAUGUAGCUUGGCUCUUAUUUUGGGACUUAUCUUCAUAGCCUGAGGGGCUAGAAGCACACUGAAUUCUGUACUAAACUCUUAAUCUUUGCACUUCUGGAUGUGGUCUGUGAAUACACGCAGCUCUUGCUGUUUUUCUCUCUUUUCCUGUCAUUGUUCCAAUGUGGUAGUUGGAGGAGGAUAAUUUUUAAAAGGUGUAUUUUUAGGUAGCUUCAGUAGACUUGACUUUUUGCACAAAAAUCCAGUGUUGUAUGGCAUAAAUAGAACAGGCAUAAACUGUGGUAAAUAUAAUUCAAACCAUACUCACCUAAUACCCAGAGAUCAGCAGUUGCAACCAGUCCUGGCUAGGCAUGUUUUUGAGCUUCUUCCUGCCUUGCUAAUCACUUUUCAUUGUGAGGCUCUCUCAUAGUUUUUAAACUUUGGCAACCCGAGGACCCAGUUUGGGUCUAAAUUUUGUUCAUCAAUCCCCCAGUCAAUCCUUAUCCUUCAGGCUCCUUUCCAAGUGCACAGCCAGCCACCUGUGCUCCAUGGAGGCCUCCUCUGAGUGAGAACCACGUCAGCUAAACUUUGCAAGAAAGUUUAUGUAAAAGGUCUGUAUUAUAAGAUCAGUGUCAAAGCCCUCUUGUCCUACAAGAAAGGUCCAGAGCAAAAUGCUCAAGGCUGCGGAGAGAAUCCUCACUCCUGGGAUAAGAAGCCAUUGCUAGCCCUUCGAAACUAAUCCUCAGCAGAGAGACUGCGCGACCAGCUCUCCAGCCCUGCCGUGUGUUAAUCAAGGUCAGCCCUACAAAGUAGGACUCUUGCAAGUUGAAUUUCAAAAACCAAAUGAGCUACAAUAGGCCAAACUGCUGGGCUUAGCUUGAAGCCCAAACUCCUAAUAACACCAUAGGAGUAUAAUUAAUAAGGUUUAUUGAAAGAAUCAUGCAAAAUUGUACACAUAUAAGAGCACUGCAAAACAGGAAGAAAAUAAUAAAACUAAAUAACCUAGAAUAUUUUGUCAAGCUUUAGUCCUCUGAGCUAUAUGUUACCUGAUCAGACUGAAGAUACAAAGUCCUGAUAGAACUCCAAAGUCCAAAACCCCAGAGCAAAUUCUCACGCCACACAGAGCCAAACCUAUAGCACCAAAGUAGAAUGGAUGGUCUGCCUGCAGCUGACCUAAUCCUCUUUGACCAAUCAGAUGUGUUCCUAAGACAUAUGAUCACCUCCCUUUGCAGCUGACACAUAGUCACAAUCUAGCAACUUGCCCAGCCCCAGGGUUCCCUCUGCAAAUGAGAUGGCCUCUCGGUGUCAGGCCUUGAAACUCCCAGGCCCACAAUAUCGCUUGUGCCUCUGUCUGGCUCUUAUCUCUCUCUCUGAAACUGCAGGUCAUUGUGACAACCAAGGAACUGCGGAACAAGGCCAGUUUCUUGACAGCCAAAUCUGUGAGGAAGUCUUGAGUCUGUCGGGCACACAACUUAAAGUUCCCGUCAAUCCGAUCCCUUGAUUGGAAAGCAUUUUGAGCAGAGACAAUUAUGGGUUAUCUUGUAGCAAUCAAAACGGAGGUAGGAAAGGGGACUGGAAUAGCUUUGAGGUGCUCACAGAAACAGAAUUGGGACGACAUCAUGCAUAACUUGAAUUCCUGAUGCUGAAAACCAUAACUGCCUGUUGUCUGUGGAUCGUAUCUCCAUGGCAAAAUCCUUUGCAUUGGACAUUGGGUGCAAUAAAAACCAGUUCAGUUUCAUUCUUUACAUAACUGGUGACUAUUACAUCUAGGGUGGGGCAAGCUGGGAUUUGUGCCUUGGGCAACUGCUUGAAGGGUGCACCAGGUAGCCCAGAGCCCUCCUGCAAGCCCUGCUCCCUGAUCACCCAACUGCGCCUCUGUCCCCCAACUUUAAACUCCCAGCUCCAGCUAAGCCCAGCCUUGAACUGCACCCCUGCUACCCCCCCCCCAUUCCACAUGGAGUGGGGGGGGGGGGGCAGCUCAGUUUUAGAAGAUACACCCCUGAUUCAGUGGUGGGAUUCAGCAGGUUCGCACCACUUCGGCAGAACCAGUUGUUAAAAUGGUGCCUGUAAACAACCAGUUGUUAAAUUAUUUGAAUCCCACCACCGGAACCGGUUGUUAAAUUAGUUGAAUCCCACCACUGCCCUGAUUACAACUAUGCCUGCUUGAUACCACUCAUUCUGUUAGAGUUCUUAAGGCUAUUGAAUCCCAGCAGCCAGUCAGCACAUUUAUGGCUAGUAGCCCUGAUAGGAUCUGGAAGCUAGAUGGUUGUUGGAUGUGGCAGAAGAUCCCUUACCACAAACCCACACACACACCUUUCCCAGAAAACUGAGGAUGCUCCCCUUUUUCAGUAGCCAGGUGGGUGAAAGAGAGAAAGGCUUACCCUCUGUCCUGUCAAAGGACUUGUAGACCUUGUGGAAUUCGUUUGUAUAAAUCCAGUCUGUGGAUCCCAGUUUAAGUAACUCUUCUCUAAAAUAUGCUUUCCCCUUAUGUCAGUACAUUCCUGUUCUUAUCAACUCCCACCUCUGCAUUUUCCACUGCCUUUACCAUCUGCUCUUAAUGGUCAUACAAGACUUAAAAUUCCCCCCAUCGUCACUCUGUGACCUUCCAUUCAAUUCCCCAUACAAUAUAUGAGUCAGUCUGGAGGAAAAUCCCUUUCCUUGGGUAACUUGGCCUGAUAGGUUGCCUACUUCAUGGCACAGUGUAACAAGACAACAACAUUCUAAAGAUAAUUCAGACUGCUUGUUUGUUGUCUUGCUUCUGCUUGGAGAAUAACAUCCUAGUUCCUGUAGAUAAAAAUAGCAGAGCCUGAACCUGAAUAUUUGUGCAAAUAGUCUUACUGAAGCUGGUUGGGAUGGUGUAGAUAUCAAGAUUGGGACCAAAGAAUAAAGAACAUCUCUCAAAGCAAAAAAAAGCUGUUAUGAUCACUGCAGUCCUUCUGCUGUUAGUGGGAACAGCCUUGGAUGCGUUUCAGCGCGUUCGCUGGGAAAUAAUUCAGUCUGUUUGAGUAAAUGAAUCUUUCAUCAUUUUUAUACUUCUAGUGUCAUCUAAAUGAAUUUUGGUGUAAGUCCCCCCCUCCCCCCAUAAAUUUCAAAAACAUAAUUGUUUUACGAAUAGUAACAGGGUUUGGAGCUUUGUGCUACCACUUCAAAUUAACAAAUAUUUUGCUAUUGUUUCUGUUUGAGAAUUGCUCAGUUUCAGCAGUUUCUGGGUAGACUUUGCAAGCCUUGUGGAAAAGGUGACAAUGUUGUAAAAAAAAAAGUCGUCCUUCUGAAAUGCCUUUGGAAUUUUUACAAAUGAAGUCCAAGUAGGGUCCAAAAUAGAUGGUGCACAUUUUAUUUGAAAAGUAUGUGGGUGGGGUGGGAUAAGGUAACUGCAGACAAAAGCUACAUUCAGUGUGUUUCCUCUGGAUUUAGCCCUAGAAUGAUGCUUAUCUUCCUAACUUACCCAUUUUGCCAAAUUUAGAUAUGUAGUAAAUUUUGUGAUGAUAAUCUUUUGUAUGGAUCAGGGUGGUUUCGGACAAGGGGGAGGGAUAGUUAUUAUUUUCUAAAGGGAUGAACUGACUCCAGCAAAUUGUCAGUUAUUAAAACUGAAGAAUAAGGUUACCUGAAUGCAAUUCUGAUUUUAGAAUUCCCCACAUGUCUGCUGCCUUUC